UCGGCUCAAAUGUGGCAGAAAUGUUCAGAAGUCCAUGUAUCGGUUGCUUACCAGCAGCUUGCCCCACAAGCCAAACGCAAUGGACGGAAUGACCUACAGAUCAACUCGCAGCACGGCAAGCGACGAAUCGAUUCGAGCAGACAGACACCGUGCCUUCGAGGUCGCCAAGAAUGGAGUCAGGAGCCUUGACGCUGGUGCCUGCAUCCAGCAGGCGCCGGAGGCAUGAAGAUGGCGAGCGACGCAGGAGGCGGAGCCGCAGCCGGCGCCGGGCCUCCCCGCCCAGCGACUGGCGGGGCCCCGUGGGCGGCCCCGAGUGGCGGCCGCCGGAGUGGCAGUACCCCCCGCCGGGUCACUGGCCGCCGCAGCGGCCCAUGUACCCCAGGCCCAUGCCAGGCUACAGCCCCUGGCACGUGCCGCCGCCGCGGGAACCAAUGGACUGGCGGAACCCUGCGCCAGGAAGCUGGACGCCACCAACAGCUCCUCCCAACCACUGGGGCGGCAACACAGGUGGCCCGCCGGCGCACUGGGGUGGCCCGGCCGGGCCCGCGCCGGGUCCCGGCGCGCCCUUGGUCGCGGGGGCGGCCAAGGGACCCUUCGAGCCGACGCCAGUAGAGAAGCCGAUCGAGAACGGUGCACCUGAAGAGCCAGUGCUCGAGGUGCCUACUGCUUCCGAGCGCCUGCGGAAGGUGCGACUGGUUCCCUCUGCUCUGAGCGAGGCCAUGAAGGAGAAGCUACACACCCUGGGAGUGCUGCCCAAAGGUAAAGCGAUGGACCAGGGCCCGGAGCCUGAAAAGCCCCUGGACGCAGGUGCCAGCGGGCUCUGCAGCUUCCUGGGGCUCAGCGCUUUGCAGCUGCCCAAGAGCAAGCUGCCGGUGAGCGCGCGGCGGUUUUGCAAGCUGCCCGUCUGCACGCUGGGCCUGGCGCAAGCGGGGCUUUGGGAGCGCUUCCGGCAGCGCUGCGGCACGCCGCUGCCGCCGGAGCCCACGCCCCCUGCCUCGCAGCUGCGCGCCUCCAAGGGGGGCGGCCAUGUGGUAGUCCCAGCGGUGGCCAAGGAGGGCUGAGGCAAGCCUUGAGCUGAAAGGCCCAGCUCCAGACUCCCGGAAGCCUGUGCUGGGAUGCAUGAAGGCAGAGUCAAGUUGAUUGGCUUCCCGAG